AUGGAUCAACUCAAUAAUCCUUCCAGCCCCUUUUAUCUUCACCUAGGAGAAAACCCAAGCAUCUCCCUCAUUUCUCAGGUUCUUAAUGAGUCCAAUUACACUUCUUGGAGCAGAAAUAUGAGAAAGGCUCUUCUUUCCAAAAACAAGUUGAAGUUUAUAGACGGAGGAAUCAAGAAACCUCAAAGAGAUGAUCCCCUUUUUGAUUCUUGGGAGAAGAGCAAUAUGAUGGUGUUGUCUUGGAUCAUAAAAACUCUUUCAUCUCAGAUAGCAGAAAAUGUCAUAUAUGUUGAAGAUGCUCAAGAACUAUGGGAAGAAUUGAGAGAAAGGUUUUCCAAGAGAGAUUAUUUUAAAUUUUCUGACUUGCUUCAAGAAAUUCAUUCUAUUAAGCAGGGUGAAAGGAGUGUGAGCCAGUAUUUUACUGAUAUGAAAAUUUUGUGGGAGGAAUUGGAAUUUCUUAGACCCAUCCCGUGCUGUAGCUGCAAGAUCCCUUGCAGCUGUGAUUUAUCCAAGGUCUCACACAAAUAUAAGAAAAUGGAACAUGUUAUCUGCUUCUUAAAAGGCUUAAAUGAAUGCUAUAAUACUGUGAGAACACAGAUAUUAUUAAUGGAACCUGUACCUAGCUUUAACCGUGUGUUUUCUCUCAUUAUUCAGCAAGAAAGACAGGAGAAAGAUGACUUCGGUCUCACCAAUCAAAAUGACAUCAAGGUUCUUGCAAGCACUAGUGAAAACAGAGUCAAUGGAGGAAUAACCAGAAUUGGAAGAGCCAUGGAUGUGGAUUUUCCCCUCGGAAUCAAGGAAGAGGAAGAAACCCCAACUAUGGGAAGCAGUGUUUGCCACAAAAUGAAUCACACUGUUGAUGAAUGCUAUUCUAAUCAUGGAUAUCCAUCAUGGUACAAGAAGAACGAUAAUAAUACUCAAAAUGAUAUGGGACAGAAUGUAUGGGGUUCUUCAAAUGCUUGCUCUGCCACCACUGUGACAUAA